GAGCCGACGUCACAGAGGGUCCCACUUACACAAGUGGCAGCAGCAUGAGUCCACAUGAAUGAAAUAGAGGGAUGGUGGGAGACUAGGCGGAGCGAUUAGCGGAGGCUUCUAAACAAGAAGGGGAAGAAAUAGAGAGAGAAACAAAUAAUCAGCGAAGAGGGAGCGGGGAUCGAAACCCUAGGCGAGACCGACGGCGAUGGCUUCUGCGGCGGCGCCGGAGUCGUACAUCGGGAGCGUGAUAAGCCUCACGUCCAAGAGCGAGAUCCGGUACGAGGGCAUCCUCUACACCAUCAACACCGAGGAGUCCAGCAUCGGGCUCAGGAACGUUCGCUCAUUAGGAACUGAAGGUCGUAAGAAGGAUGGCCAACAGAUUCCUGCCAGUGACAAGAUAUAUGAGUACAUACUCUUUCGAGGAAGUGAUAUAAAGGAUUUGCAUGUUAAAUCCUCUCCACCAGCUCAGCCUGCAACUUUGCUCAAUGAUCCUGCAAUUAUUCAGUCACACUAUCCUCGUCCUGCCUCAUUGUCUACAAGCUUGCCUUCCGCCGCAAGCACAACAGCAGCUAAUCCUACUUCACACAAUGCUCUGUCUGGAAUUCAGAUGCCACCACCAUUUCAAGGGAAUUUUCCCCCAUAUCAGCCUGGGGCCAGCUUACAGUCAUGGAACUCAUCACCUAUGCCAUCAUCAGCAAAUGACACCGGCCUUACAAUGCCACCAAUGUUCUGGCCGGGAUAUUAUGCACCGCCAAGUGGGUUUCCUCAUUUGCAGCCACCACCCUUUCUUCGGCCACCGCAUGGUUUGACGGUUCCACAGGCCCUGCAGCCUCCUGUACAGUAUCCUGGACUUAAUGAAUCUUUACUAGUUGGGUUUCCAAGUAUGCCAGAGCUUCCUUCUUUUCUUCAACCUGGUAAUAGUAAUAGUCUAAGUCAAUCUUCAGGUGCAUCCACAUCAGUGCCAGCGCCUGCUUCAUCGAGUACAUCAGGAAGCCAACUGCCAAAUAAGUUAUCAUCUGUUUCUGCUUCUGUGUUCUCCAUGGGUUUAACUCCCCCAUCUGCGAGUCCUUCGAUUUCUACAGUUGAACGCACCAUGCCCCUGUCCCAAGGCACUUCUUCUCUAGUGAACAGUAAGCCAGUUGCUCUACCUUACUCCAGCCUUCUAUCUCUAUCCAGUGAUAAGCCUGUUAGUGUACCUGCUUCUAUACCAACCUAUCUACCUUCCUCUCAGCCACCAUCUGCUAAUGUUGGGCCUACAGUAAAUGUUGUGGAACCAGUUACAUUGGUAAUUCCUGGCCAACUUCUGCCAACUACUUCCUCUAUGGUCAUUUCAUCUCAUGCCUUGCAAACUGCUUCUGCUAUGGUGCCAUCCUCUAAGGCCGCCUCUUCUACGGUUCCAUCCUCUCAGGCAACCUCCUCUGUGGUUCCAUCCUCUCAGGCUACUUCGGCUAUAGUUUCACCCUCACAGGUUGCUUCCUCUUCUGUUCUGUCGUCGCAACAGUUGGAGGUGAGCAGAGAAAAUAAAGAUGCCAAGCAGCGUGAAUGGAAGGCAAAACAACCCGCGGUUGCUCAAUCUGAAAAUAAUGAGCCCCAAUUGCCAACACCAAAGCCCGUACAUCAGAAGCCUGUUGGAGCUUCCUUGUAUGUUCAGUACAACAAUCGAGGCCGAGGAAGAGUUCAGGGUAGAGGAAAUGGGCAAUCACGUCCCAUAACCAAGUUCACAGAGGACUUUGAUUUCACGGCAAUGAAUGAGAAGUUCAACAAAGAUGAAGUAUGGGGCCAUCUUGGUAAAAGCAAGAGACUGUUGAAUGAUGAACGAAAUGAUUAUGAAGAUGAUGUGCUAGAAGAUGAUGAUAUAUCUCCUAGAAAGCUGGAAGCUAAGCCUGUGUAUGUCAAAGAUGACUUCUUUGAUUCACUCUCGUGCAACACAAUUAACAAUGGAGGGAGGAAUGGAAGAAUCAAAUUCUCCGAGCAAAGAAAAAUAGACACCGAGACCUUUGGUGACUCCGCAGGGCAUCGACCAAUGGGCAUCCGGGGAGGGAGGGGUCCACGUGUUGGUGGUCCUCCUGGUCAUGGCUAUUAUGGUAGAGGGUAUGGAUAUAUGGGUAGGGGACGUGGCUACUCUUACCCAAAUCACCAAUUGUGAUACAACUGUUAGAUUUGCUUUCAGUGCCUAGAAGCAGAUAAAUGUCGAUUGGUAUCACUAGCCCCAGCACGGCUGUUGGAAAGGAGCAACAUAUUCUUAUCUUCCAGCUACAGCUGAAAAUGCCAUUUAUUUUCGUUCUUGUCAAUGUUGAUGCUCAUUUUUUUUUCUUGUGGAGGCAGAUGGGGGAUGGACUAAAUUAUUUUGCGAUUUAGUGGGUUGUAUGCAGUCUUGUUGUGACACUAUUUGGAGAAAGUCAUCUAGCACUGUUGGAUGGUCUUGUUGAGCUUCCUAUAGAGCAUGUCUGGAGACAUAACCCAGUUUGAUGUAUGCUAGACAAGCCUGUAAAGUUGCAUCUUUGGUUUGAGCAAAAUUUCCUCUUUUUAA